UCAUCAAUUUGAAUGAAGACUUCUUUGAUAAAUGAAAGGUUCCACUUUAGUUGAAGAGUUCUAGGAAUACAUUUUUUCGAUUAUUUGUGAAAAUUCAAAAGUUUUUUGACAAUUAUUUAUUUUAUUCUAACUAUUAUAAAAUGGAUUCAUAUAUAAUGCAGCUUCGUCGAGUUUGGAACAAUCAGGAUGGAGAAGCUUUAGCGGAAUUAUUAUCGCUAAGACAUAGUCAUACAGUAAUAUCACAUAUUAUUACUGAAAAUUCGAUUGUAAAAGCUAUAGAGCAUCUUCCAACACCUUUUGAUGAUUUAGUUCAUCUCCAUCUCAAAACACUCAUAUCAAUUAAUAAAGAUGAUCCACGAAUGAUGUAUAAUCAUCAGAGUUCGAUGGUACAGAGCUUAAUAAAAAUUCUGCAACUACAGAAAGAAGAGAAUUGGAUGUUACCUGUAAUGAAUGUAGUAUGUUUAGAACUUAGACUUUUAGCUAUUCGAGCAGAAAAAACAAAAACCAAAAAUACAAAACCCGGCGAAGUAUUAGAAAAAUGUGCAGAAUGUUUGAUGGGUUGUUUUCGAGUGUGUGCAGCAGAUAACAGAAGUUCAGAAGAAGACUCUAAGCGUUGGGGAAUGCUUGCUUUGGUGAAUCAAUUACUUAAAGUUUAUUUUAAAAUUAAUAAACUUCACCUAUGCAAACCCCUUAUACGAGCAAUCGAAUCAUCUAUAUACAAGGAUCAAUUUCCUCUAGCUCAAAGAGUAACUUACAAAUUUUUUGUUGGACGAAAUGCUAUGUUUGAUAGUGAUUAUAAAGCUGCUGACGAAUAUUUAACGUAUGCUUUUGAACGCUGCCAUAGACAAUCGACAAAAAAUAAACGAUUAAUUUUAACGUAUUUAGUACCUGUUAAAAUGUUACUUGGCUAUAUGCCAAAGCAAAGUUUACUUGAAAAAUAUAAUCUCAUGGAAUUUUGGGAAUUAGUUGAAGCUGUUAAGAGAGGUGAUCUUCGAAAACUUGAAACAGUUAUGACUCAACAUGAAAGUUUUUUCAUUGGUGCAGGAAUAUUUCUUAUUGUUGAAAAAAUGAAGCUGAUAGCAUACAGAAAUCUCUUCAAAAAAGUUUGGCUGGCAUUAAAUACACAUCAAAUUCCAGUGGAAAAUCUCCUUACAGCAUUAGAAAUGUAUGGUGUUGAAGAUAUUGAUAUGGAUGAAACUGAAUGUCUUGUUUGCAAUUUAAUUUACGACAAUAAAAUUAAAGGAUAUAUAUCACACCAACAUAAAAAGUUGGUUAUUUCAAAACAAAAUCCAUUUCCUCGAUUAUCAUCAAUUAUUUAAUAACAUUACUCAUGUAUCAUCAAA